CACCGCGCUCCUUGUCCCAUGAGGGGAUGAAUACUGGAGCAGGAGAUGGAGGUGGAGGCAGUGUAGGAGGUGUUCAGAACAGCGGCGGUGGCAGGAACACUCCGCCUCAUGGCUCGCCCACCCCCAUGGACAAGGCGACUUUAAAAGUCCAUCUUCCUAAUGGUGGCUUCAACGUCGUCAAAUUCGGUGAUGCGAUCGACGUUAAAGGUAUCAUCUCUUUGGUAACUAGUCGAUUAGCCGUUGGUACUAGACAUUAUCGAAAUCUGUACGCGAUGAGGCUGCAUCAUCCCGGAUCCGGAGAGAGUUAUUGGUUGCAUCAGGAUACAACGAUGUAUCAGGUACAAGAAAAGUAUGAACGAAAGCAUCCACAUUGCGAAUGGAGGUACGAGCUCAGAGUACGUUAUCUUCCUCAGAACCUGAAUGAUCUCUACGAGAAAGAUAAAGUCACGUUUUACUAUUAUUACGAUCAGGUACGAAACGAUUACCUGCUUGCUAACCACUCCACUCUAGAUCAGGAUGUCGCGGUUCAGCUCUGUUGUCUGGAGAUUCGUUAUUUUUUCAAGGACAUGCCGCAAAUUGCUCUGGACAAGAAGAGCAAUCUGGAAUACUUAGAGCGUGAGGUCGGUCUACAUAAAUUUCUGCCGCGUUCCGUGCUGAAUGGGAUGAAACCGAAAGCGCUCCGAAAAUUGAUACAGCAACACUUUAAAAAAGUCGCUGCGUUGUCCGAACUCGAGUGCAUGUUCAAAUUCUUUGAUCUGCUGCGGGCGCACUAUCGAUUCGAUCAGGAAAGAUUUAUAUGCGCAUUAGGAUCAAGCUGGUCAAUACCUGUAGAACUAGUCAUUGGACCAGACUUGGGUAUAUCUUACAUGGCUCAUCGAGGCGGAACAGUGCCAACUAGGAUGGCAGAAUUUUCACAAAUACAAUCCAUCCAAACGUUGGUAUCGGAUUGCAAAGAACACGCGAAGGCAUGCAUUAAAUUGAGAGUCGCAGGUGCGGCGGAGACUCUCAGUAUUACUUGUUCCAGUCUGGAUCAAGCGGAAAGCCUCGCGGAUUUGAUUGAUGGCUAUUGUAGAUUGGUCACAGGCAGCAAUACUUCAUUGUGGAAUAGAAAAGCUGGAUCAUGGAAGAAUUAUCCUUGUCCAUGCAAAGAUGCACAGCCGCCAAAAUAUAGGCAGGAUGGUGCUAGCAGUCCAGCGGAGAAGAACGCGAGUAAAACUGGAACAAUUUUGUCCGAAGAUUAUGCGGAGAUUGUCGAUGAAGAAGGAGAUUAUUCGACGCCAGCUACUCGAGAUUAUGAAAUAGUCCGAAACCAAGUAGAAUUAGGCGAAAUCAUAGGGGAAGGACAAUUUGGUAACGUUCAUAAGGGAUCCUAUAAAGGAAGAGAUGAUCAAACUAUCGCCGUUGCCGUCAAGACUUGUAAGGUUGACGCGGAUCUUGCCACUGCUGAGAAAUUCCUCGAAGAAGCUUAUAUUAUGCAGCAGUUUGAACAUCCGCAUAUCAUCAGAUUGAUCGGAGUUUGUUCAGAGGCGCCGAUUUGGCUUGUAAUGGAAUUAGCCAGACUCGGAGAAAUGCGUGCUUAUCUCCAGUCUAAUAAACAUCGUCUGGAUCUUGCCACACUUCUAUUGUAUACCUUCCAAUUGAGCACUGCCCUUUCAUAUCUUGAAAGCAAGAAAUUCGUCCACAGAGAUAUCGCUGCAAGAAACGUGUUAGUUUCGUCGCAUAAUUGUGUUAAGUUGGCGGAUUUUGGCCUUAGUAGAUGGGUAGAAGAUCAGAGUUAUUAUACUGCGAGUAAAUGUAAGCUACCAAUUAAAUGGAUGGCGCCGGAAAGUAUAAAUUUCCGAAGAUUUACAACAUCAUCCGAUGUUUGGAUGUUCGGUGUAUGUAUGUGGGAAAUUUUGAUGCUAGGCGUAAAACCAUUCCAGGGCGUGAAGAAUAACGAAGUGAUACGUAAAUUAGAGAACGGAGAAAGACUCGCACUUCCCAAUCAUUGCCCGCCGCGAUUAUACUCUUUAAUGUCUCAGUGUUGGAGCUACGAACCUAGUAAGAGACCGACGUUUAAAGAAAUUAGAGAAACUUUACAUGAGAUUUUGCUAGAAGAGAAGCAUCAGCAACAAGAAACAAUGAGACGAGAAAAUAGAAGAGUACAAGCCAUGUCUUGGGGUGCAGACGAUGUGCCGCCACCGAAACCUUCCCGACAACCGCAAAGUACGGAGCAAUCGCAAUUAGCGGCACCAUCCACAUACAUCGUGGCGCAAAGUCCCGAGGUUCUCACGCAACUUCUCAAGGACAAUCAAGCCAGAGGGGUAUGUCCCUCCGUGUACACGACACCCGCAUCUCCCUUCAACACCCUGGCGGUCCAAUUUCAGGAUGAGGAUCAAGUUCUGACAACCGCCGUUGUAUCCGAUUUACCCUUCUUCGAUCCCGCACUUUCCGAACCGCCAUCCAUCACUACUCAGUCGGGUGAUUCCACCUUGUCUGACACCAACUUAGACUCCCUUGAUUCCUCGGACAACACUCCCCUCAUGUCGAGCCUGAGCAUUUCAGACACGGCAGUGCAGAUGCAGUCACCCGCCGCCAACCGAAAGCAGCAGAAGGUUAAAGAGAUGCAAAACUUGUAUGCGGUUAGCUCGAAGGUGGUUGGUAGCAUCACGGGGGAUCUGUAUUCCCCCGUGCAGAAAUUCUCCGUGUCCAACACCGUUCCGUCGCCACCUGCGACCGCGUCGGUCGUGUCAGCCGCGGUCGCGGGCAACACCUGUGGCGAGAUAUAUGGACCGGUCACUAGUUUCACCCAGAGCUCAGCUAUCGUUGGUAAUCUUAGUCAAAGCGCUGGUUUAGGUGGUAAUUACGAUCAGGAUUUCGGGAACCUCGAGCCUAGUAGCUUGGGCAGCAGUAUUAUAAUACCAAGUAGCAGCAGCCAGGCGCAAUUUAGUGUUGGCGAUAGUAGUAGUAGUAGUAGUGGUGGUGGUGGUGGUGGUGGUAGUAGCGUUGUUUACUCUCGUAAUAUUAGCUUGGCGAAUGUAGGUAGUUCCGCAUCAAAUUCGGAAUGUUUGUAUGGUCCGGUACUCAAGUUCCGCGCACAAAACGCCCAACCACAGUUGGCCGUAGCUGCAACCGUUACCGCGACCGAAUUAAAAUCCGUCGGCGCAGUAGUUGGACAUUAUGGUCAAGCCGGAAGAAGUAAUCUAGUAGUGCAGAAUCUACAGUCGCAGCCAAUAUAUUCGCAGAAUUAUCCGCAUCAGCAGAUUUAUUCGAAUAUUGCUCAGACGGGACAACAGUCCAUGUAUCUGAUGCAAAUGCAGCACAUGCAGAAUGUCCCGCGGCAGAAUGUCGUUUCUCAGGCAGUGUCUUACCCGAUACAGCACACAAAUCAACAGUCUCAGUUAAGCGGUACCAGUCCUAUUUACACGGCUCAUGCUACGUCUGUGUCGGUGGUUCAAGCUCAGAAGGUACACAUGCCAAAUUAUGCUCACCACGCCCAGUCCGAAAUUAGUUGUCAGCCAGUGACUCAAAUAACCGGCACGAAUCAAUCGGCAAACAUUGGAGUAAUGCAAGCUUCCUCUAUUCCAUCACACUCUGUUAUGUCAUCCUCGGCGACUCAGCAAAAUAUCCAUUCAGUUCCAUCCGCGUACAUGGUAGAUCAACAGCAACCAAGUUUUCUUGGUCCAGUUGAUUAUACUCAAGUUAACAUCGGCAAUGUAAUGACAAGCCUGACCGGUGCGCAUCAGCAACAAAUAACACAAUCUCAGAUGGCUAGCGGAAUCGCGAAGGCGGCAAAUAUAUCGCAAGUCGUGACGGGCGUCGCCAAAAUCACCACGUUCGUGACACCACAAAAGCAGGAUGAACAGUUGACAAGCUCGACCGACGGCACUCUCUCUGGCUCUUUGAUCUCUUCCGCUGUCAGCGACAGCACCGUGUCGUCUAGCAGCUCGAUGACAGAGGAGGCACAACAAGAUCAGAGAAAUGUGCAUUCGCAACUAUUCGAUAACCUACCUGACAAUUUCAAUAGCGGCAUUGAUGACGAACAAAAGCUGUUGGAGCAACGGUUGUUGGAACAACAACGACAGUCUGAAGAAGAUAGCCGCUGGCUUGCAAGAGAAGAAAAACGUUUAUCGAUUGCCACGAGUGGUGAUGAAAGUGCUAGUCCCACAAUUCCACGAUCAGUUACUCAAUCACCGAGCCACGAACCACAUUCUGCCUAUACUGGUUCUCUCGGCUCGGACAAGAAUUCCGAUAAAGUCAUUGUAGUAAAGAAGAUGGAACCCACACCUACAGCAGAUUUAGACAGAACUAACGAUAAAGUUUACGACUGUACGACAAGCGUCGUCCGUGCAGUUAUGUCAUUAUCGCAGGGUGUUCAACAGAGUAAGGCUGAUCAGUAUUUAGAAUUAGUACGUAGAGUAGGUAUUGAAUUAAGAGCAUUAUUGUCCUCUGUGGACGUUCUGGUAGAAAUUUUGCCCAUACCCGCGCACCGUGAAGUAGAAAUGGCGCAUAAGGUAUUAAGUAAAGAUAUGGCAGAAUUGGUGUCUGCUAUGAAACUGGCGCAAAGUUACAGUGCCACUACAUUGGAUGCUGAAUAUCGGAAAGGAAUGCUUUCUGCAGCUCAUAUCUUAGCCAUGGAUGCAAAGAAUCUUUUAGACGUAAUCGAUUCCAUCCGUAUUCGUUAUCCAUAUGUAGAUAGUCAGAUUUGCCAAAAGCAGAGCAAUGUUGUUAAUAGAACACGGGAAUUUACACCCGAGAACCGCAUUCGUUCGAGUCAGUCAGGCGAACAAUUUCUAAGGAGAAGUCAAUCGAUCGAACGACAAGGAACAACCUUCAAACAAAGCCAAAGUGGUGAUUUAUUACACAGAAUGGGUCAAUCUGUAGACCGAUCUUUGCCGGGAAGUCAAUCCGACUUUAAUUCCGGUAACAGUUUAGAAAGAAGGCACAAUACAGUUACUAAUAGUCUUGAACGUAACUCAACAACGAGAAGACAAAUGGCCACUAACAGUUUAGAAAGAAAAAGACCAUCGUUAACAUAUAAUGCAGGACCUAUAAAUAAUGCUGUUAAUUGUUUGCCUAUGGUGCCAGUCACUUACAAUUUGGUUCAGGCUGCGAGUCCCGUCCAUCCAAGUCAAUCGACUACAACGGGCGCUAAUCAACAGACGGUGUUUACAACCAACAGUAAAGUUACAAGUGAGACUUCAAUAAAUGACAGCUAACAACGAGGUUUUUUGAAUUAAGGACUUCGAAUCAUUGCUUACAAUUAGUAUGUAUAUAAAUAGACGAUAUACUACCAAGUUACCCGUGUGUACACAUCUACACUUUAAUACUUUAAUAACGGGAGAUCUAGAGUAUGUUCCACUUAACGUUUGCAACACUCUCGUGCAUCAUUUCAUCCUUGUUUAACAUUUGAUGAUAACAAAGAUGAAAUAAUGCUUGCGAGCGUUAUGAAUACCAAGUGAAAUGCACUCCUGGUAUUUGUGCUUUUUAGCUCUUUUUAACAUUUAAAUAUACAGACAUUUUAUCUAAGCGUACUUAGAUAGGAUAGUAUUCGUUAAUUAUAAGAAUAGGAAGUUUAUCACUAGAGAAUUUUAG